AUGAAUAAGAGUCCAUUUCAAGACUCGAGUUGAGUGAAGAUUCCUUCUUGGGUUCUUCUUCUUCUUCUUCUUCCUGCUCAUUUCCCUUUCUCUCUCCUCUCGCUCCAAACCCUAACCAUCACAAUCCCAAUUUAGCAACCAAAUUACUCUUCUCUCUGUGCUCGGUUUCAGCACCAUGGCACCAACCUUCUUCUCCUUCUUCUUCUGCUGCGUCGUUUCCAUAUACCUAACCCUCGUUCCCUUCGCCGUCGCGAAUUCCGAAGGCGACGCUCUCUACGCCUUCAAGCAGAGCCUCUCCGACCCCGAUAACGUGCUUCAGAGCUGGGAUGCCACGCUUGUCAGCCCCUGUACCUGGUUCCAUGUCACCUGCCAGGACAACAGUGUCACACGAGUGGAUCUUGGAAAUUUGAACCUGUCUGGACAUUUGGUACCUGACCUUGGGAAUCUGCACUCUCUACAGUAUCUUGAGCUGUAUGAAAACAACAUUCAAGGAACUAUUCCUGAAGAGCUUGGAAACCUGCAGAGCCUAAUUAGCUUGGACUUGUACCACAACAAUGUAUCAGGCAGCAUCCCAUCUUCGUUGGGGAACUUGAAGAAUCUUCGCUUUUUACGACUUAACAACAAUCAUCUAACCGGUCAGAUCCCCAAGUCACUCAGUACUCUUCCAAAUCUUAAAGUUUUGGAUGUCUCCAACAAUAACUUAUGCGGUCCAAUUCCUACCUCUGGGCCAUUUGAGCAUAUUCCAUUGGAUAACUUUGAGAAUAACCCUCGAUUGGAAGGUCCAGAGUUGCUGGGGCUUGUAAAUUAUGACACGAACUGCUCGUGAAUAACAUGUGAUGCCGUAGGAUCUCAAUCUGUGUUGAAUGAUAUAUAAAAUUGAAGUGUAUUACCUCAUAAUGUAAUGGGCGGUGGUAUAUGUAAUAUCUGGUAUAUGUAAAUUUACAUACUGAUGAGCAUUGGCUAUUGUGAUCUUCCAAUGGUGUUGCAGACAUGAGUAUGUAUCGAUAUAAUACUAAAAAAAAACUUGGUCACUGAUAAAAUAUUUGUGAUGCUUUGCUCUC